UGCGUAUAAAAGCUUGUACAUAUAUUUUAUAAAAAAUGAAACGCUUAACUGAAGAAAAAACAAAACUUGUUCUAGAAAAAUUAACAAAAUAUAUUGGAAGUAAUGUAAAAUUAUUACUUGAUCGACCAGAUGGUGUUUAUUGUUUUCGAGAAAAGAAAGGCAGAGUAUAUUAUAUUUCUGAAAAGAUUUUAUCAUUAGCAAAUAUGGUAAAUCCAGAACGAUUAGCAAGUGUUGGCACAUGUUUUGGAAAAUUUACAAAAUCUGAAAAAUUUAGAUUACAUAUUACUGCAUUAUAUCAUCUGGCUCCUUAUGCACAAUAUAAAAUUUGGUUGAAACCAUCAGCUGAACAACAAUUUUUAUAUGGACAUCAUAUUUCUAAAUCUGGUUUAAAUCGAAUUACUGAAAAUACACCUCAGUAUCAAGGAGUUGUUAUUUUUUCCACAAAUGAUAUACCAUUAGGUUUUGGUGUCACAGCUAAAAGUACAAUAGAUUGCAAAUAUGCAGAUCCAAUGGCAACAAUAUGUUUUCAUCAAGCUGAUAUAGGAGAAUAUAUUCGAUCAGAAGAAUCUUUAAUGUAAAAAUCUUAUAAAAAUAUUUAUCAUAUUUAUUUUCUAAUAUUAAUAUGUUAAUAUUAAUAUUUUCUAAAUAAAUAUAUUUAAAAGUUAUAGACAAUAUAUUUUUAUUAAAAAAAUA